GUGUUGUAGAGCCUGACAGCGGUCGGUAUGAAGGACCUGCGGAACCUCUCCUUCUUACACCAUGGGUGUAACAGUCUGCUGCUGAAGGAGCAUUCCCGUCAUUCCCGCUUCUUCUUCUUGUAUCCAAAAACAACAACAACAACAGAGCAGGGCCGGUGGCGGCCGCCUUUGUUUGCGCUUUGGUGCUGGUACUGACCCAACACAAGUACUUGACACUAUUCUGUCUCACUUUCUUCAUUAAUGGAAGGCGAGAACAUGAAGAAAUAGGAAAUAGAGUCAGCGCUGUGCCAUCCAUAUCCAUGCUAUCCAUUUCCACCAGAGCCCCCCAGACACUUGAUGAAGGUGCAUUCGAACAAACCCUGCUUCGCCUAACUUCUCGCUCACCUUCUGACAGAUUUCGCUUUCGCGGUACUUUCUACCGUCUAUAAAAGACAUAAUGUUCCUGCCUUUCACCACACUAACGAGGUGGCUUGUUUCCUCCUCGCUCCAAAAGUGUGGGGUUUUGCGUGUCGCCAUGUUUACAAGUAGUUCCUGCCAAAGAAACAAGAUUCCUUACGAAUAGAACAUGCGCAGAACACAAAUUAAUGACCCUUUUGAUCGGGAUAUUGUUGGAAAAAUGUACAUAAGUUAUCACCCAUACUAUAGCAAUGGUUGCUUUGUUUGUUAUAUGACUAUUUCUUGUGCCCAGAAAAGAGGUACAGGCCCACUGAAGGAGAGCAAAGAGCAGCCUUGGGUGACUCAGAGGUGCGGAUAGGACUGAGUACUGAGUAGCACAAGGCAGGACGGCCUGGCCCCUGACAAGCUACAUCCCGUUAUAAACGUUCCGUUCUACUAGAAUUAACCACACAUGUACUGUUAAGAUCACAGUCACACGCAUACACAUCACAUACCCAAACAAAGACACAGAGUUCAGCCCAUAGAAGCUCCCCUUCCCUUUAGGGUUGAACUUUUAUGUAAUUAGGGAAACGCCUACUGAAUAAAAAGAGAGGGCUCGGGGAGCGUAUUCAAAGCGGUGUGUGAUUGUAACUGUAGCACCAUCCUCCGUUCUCCUCGCGAGUAAAAGAAAUAUUGUUGUCUUGUCUCUUCUGUAAUAUUGUUGUGUUUUACAAGUGUCACAGGAGUUUGAACCUGACAGAUAUCCCGAUAGGCAUAUACAUGACCCAAUAUUUGAGAUAGAAAAGGAGUAUUCGGAUUAAAAAAAAACGGAAUAUGAGCAUAUUCCGGUGUUCCAAAAGGGUUAUUGGUGUUUAUGCGGCCGUGCGCAACUGGGGUUCCUACUAAUAUUCUGGUUAUGAUAGGGUUGUUUGACGGCAUGUAAACUUACUCAUUGUUAUCUAGCACAAAAAUUCAUCAGAGCUGCACAGGUUGUUAUCGGUAUCCGCUUCUGCUCCUCCAUGAUGACAUCAUGGAGACAACGCACUUGCGGUAAUGCCACUCUUCUGCUGUGACGGAGCGCCGCGGCCAUCUUGUUUACGUAUGAUUCCACAGCAGAAGAAAAUGCGAGCGUCUUCAUCACAUCACACAUGAAUGCAUGGGAGACAUGUAUAACGGCGAGCAUUUUGUGAGGUCUGAUUUUGACAAUCCUGUUUAGGAUGCCCCAUGUUACUCUAAUGUUGUUUUUAUUCCUGUCUGGUGAUUGACUAGGAGAUUCUUUCUUACACACUCUCAAACUCUCACUCAAUAAAUCUCCUAUUUGAUGUGUUUUUCGACUUACAGGCAUUUUGCAGUCCCUUUGUCAUCCAUGGCUGAUCAGUCUUCUUUUGCUUAUUAGACAAUUCUCUCAAUGGACAGUGCUUAUCGUAGAACUUCAUGUAAAUAUUUAGAAAGUUUUCAUAUGCUCAUAUGCUUAUGGUCACUGAUAUCAUUAAAUAGCAGACCACUAGUUGUGUUGUUCUAUAAAAAUCAUUAGUGAAUUUAUUAUCAGUUAGUGUGGCACAAUGGUCUGUUAUUCUGCUUGGUCUGGUGAUUUUAGGAUAUAGACUCAAACUGUGCAUUGUAUCUAUGAAGUCAUCUAUUAUCAUUUGCUUAUUUGGAUUCAGUAGAUCAAUAUUGAAGUCUCCACAUACGUAUAAAUAGUCCAUUCUCUUUUUGAUAUAAAUAUAGAAAAAGUAAAAUAGAAUAAUCAAUCCUCUUUCGAACAAACCUUUAACUUUGCUCAAAUCCUCAGCUAAUACCAAAAGCACAAAAGAACAACUAAUGAGCUAAAGUGCCCUGUUUUAAGAGGAAAAUGUCAGCAGCAGCUCAGAAUACUUUAGUUUGAACGAUAGUUUUUUUGUUUUUUUAGAAAGCAGAACCUCGUAGGAGAGACAAAAAAAGUGAGUAAAAACACCUUAAUUACAUUUACAACUACACAUGAACUUGAUUCUUAGUUUGGUCAUUUAAAAUUUGCCAUCCGUCCAUCAAAAUUAAACAAUUUAAAUUUUUUAUCUUGGCUAGCUUGAGUGUAAUGAGUAGUAAUUUAAUGAAGAUUAAGAAACAUUUUUAUAAGCGAUCCUGCUCUGUAAAACAGGGUGGUAUCCACCCCGGUGGCAUCAUGCCUCAAGGAUGCGUGGAUCUCCACUAUGCAGUGUGCAGUGGGGGCUUUACGUUCACUUUUAUGUUCUCAAAUACCAGAAAAAACUCCAACGACCCCCAAAAAAGUAGCUCGAUUUGUUGUUAGUGUAGGGCCCUAUGACUCUUUUAUUUUUCCUACAUUUUUUUCCCCCUGUUUAAAUGUUUUUUAAUUCCGUUUUUUACUUUUUACACUUUUUUAUCACCAUAGAGUGUGUGUUUUUGUGUCAGCAAGUAAAAAUCCUUACAUUUAUUGAUGCAAUACAUCAUUUGAAAAUUUUGCCCUGUACAGAAACGGACGUAGCUUUGCUAACUUUUCAUUUCAUUUGUACAAAAUCCUCAAUAAAUGACCAUAUCCGUGCUUGUGGUUAAAGAAGACGUAGUUGCAGAUGCAAUUGUAAUAGCUUUGUUAAUGUAAGCUAUUUUUUAUGACACCCUUAUUUUAUUACCAUUAUUAGACCGCAUGUGUGCCUCUUAUUUUGAAGGCUGGAAGUUUAACGUGUGUGUAAAAAUCUGCUCUUAAUUUGAAGGCUAGAAGUUUGAUGUGGAAAUGGAUUGGGUUGUAUGUGGAAAUGUGUUUUGACUGUUGCUAAGUGAGCUAGCUAUCCACAUGCCUCUCGUAGCCGUGGCUGUAGUCCCUAUUUCACACACAACUUGCGUGAAGGCAGCAGCCAUCCUAAAAUGCUGGGUUACAUUAACAAGCACUAAAGCAUAGCUCAUACAGCCAGAGUAGUACACACACAGCAGCAUUAACAUGCUCCGCUAAAUUAAGCUAACCCAGCUAGCUUUCACUGGCUAUUGCUGUUCGUGAGCUCGCGCUCGGUGACAAGAGUUUCAAAGUGUUUUUCACCGACUUAGCCGAUGUUGCCGCCUCGACAUGUUUAGUUCAGGACGGGGCUGUUUAGUGUUUGUGAGGACAUGCUGUUAUGAAUGAGCGGUCUGCUGGAGAAAUAUUUCCCAACACUAACGUUCCUUCUCACGGUUACAGCAUUCUAUUCACACGGUCAAUUUCGCAAGUUUAACAGUAGAUUAAGUUUUUAUUGGCCAAUUCUGCAAUUCCGUUAACGUGGAAAUGAUAGGGCCCUACUAGUCGCUUUUGAGAAAAUAUGUCGCCAAGAGAGUUUGGAAUGUCGUCAGAUCUAGCACGGAGGGGGGCGGGGCAGUUAAGGAGCGCUGACAUACACAGCAGUGAUGAGUGAGACAGACCUCCAUGUCAAUACAGUAUACAAGAAAACAGGGCAAAUCCAGUCUAUAUCGAUACAAACGAUAUGUUUGUUUUUGAUAUUGUGCUUAAAAGAAAUAUUGAUGUUUAAAAAAUAUUGAUAUAUUGCUCAGCCCUAUUUUGCACCCUGCAACACAUGCCAAGAAAAAUGUCUCGCGAAGGUGGUGCGUUAAAAAGCUUUAAUUUGGUGUGGCAUUUGGGGGGCAGGGUGUAGUAGGUUUUUGAAGCUCGCAAUGUGGUCAUCGGUCGGGCGGCGGCUAAUUUAGCCAAACGUGUACAUGGCAGUCGGAGGUCUAAGGCUGGUGGAGGAAUUCGGAAUUGGGGUUUGUGUGAUCUGUGCUCUCGCAUCGAAAUUGUCCUUAAAGAAGGCAUCUGAUCCUCUAACUUUGACCAGUGAUUUUGAAAAAGUAAGUCAAAUAUGUUUUUGUCUAAAUUUUAUGGUUCCCCUUUUAUAAAAUAUAGCCCAGGGGUCACCAACAUGGUGCCUGUGGGCACCAGGUAGCCCCUACGACCACAUGAGGCGCCUGCAAGCCUGUUUUUCAUUCAGCUUUUCAGUUAAUAAUGUCAGAACACUAGAAAGACAUGCAUUCUGAAAUGCAAAAUAUGAGUAGUGGAUACCAGCAUUUUGUUAAUGUUCUGGUAAAACAAGCAUAUUCAGUUUGUUUGGGUUGAAAUAAGCUAUAAAAAUAAAUGUUACAAAAAUGAGUAGCUUUUGGCCAUUUUCAUUUCGUCAAAGUAGCUCUCACAAGAAAAAAUGUUUUUGACCUCUGAUAUAGCAAAUAGUAAAUUAAAAAAUGUACACCUAAUAUAUUUGAUCGGUAUCGGACGAUUUCACUCAUAGAUGAUCGAUGUUGGUAUCGGCAUCAUAAAACCCUGAUCAGAGCAUCCCUAAUUGCCAUCUUUUUUUUCCAUUUUGUUGUUUUUUUACAUUUCCAGCCAUUAAGACAGUAACGCCUAUGUUUUGAGACAUUUUGAGAACAAAGUAAAUCUACAGUCCUCGUACGCUCCUGAGUUUAGAUGAAAGCAGUUGUGGUGGUGUUAAUAUGUUGUGACACAGAGCCAUCAAUUUUCAGGAUAGCACUCAUUUUUGUGUUAGAUUAAUAAAGUAAAAAGGUUCCUCAAGUAGCUGGCCACGCUUCUCCCCAGGCCCCCGGGCCCUGGGCCAACCUUGGAAAGGCAGUGCUAAUGACUGUCGCACAAAGGCCAAAUGUCUCACAGUGAGGCGGGGAGAAGCUGGCGAGACUCGGCUCACUUGAUCUCACAGCAGAGUUCAGUAUGCAUAGUGAAUCCUGGCGGCCAGCAAUAGACUGGCAUACACGCAAUCAGCAGCCCUUGCUCCCCACGGCCUCACUUAAGGAUUAUGCACCCUCUGUCGUCUUUUAUUUGUAGUCUGGAUGGAGUUGUGAAUUUAAUUUGCUUCAAACUUUUUUUUUUGUCUGAGCUUUGUUUCAGUCUGCUUUGAUUGUCUUGCAUCCUGUGAGCAUUUAUGCGAGGGUCGUGGAUGCGCUGAUCAUUUAUUCAGACUACACACUUUGCAUUGAAGCCCUCAUUGCAAAAAGAUCAUUAUCCUAAAUGCGGAGCUGUUCUCUCUCCGUUUCUCUCUUGCUCUCUUACGCUGUUGCUCCACUGUAAGCUGUUGGCUGUUUGCCCCGGUGUGAGACACCAAGGAGCUGAAGUGGGCACUUUUCGAGCAGCAUGACUGAACACAGGGCCAAGGACAAAAGGUGUGAGCACGGACGGGUCUCUGAAUGAAACAGCCUGACUGUUAUGGAAAUGGUCAAAGGGAAGGAGCUGUCAUCAAACAUGAGACGCUGACACUGGUUGUUGUGAUGGCUGUUGCGGCUCCUCGCAGACAGACAGGAGGGACGUGUUCUUUGGAGAGCUUGGCAAGCAUGUGUCACCGAUGCUCCGAUGCUAAUGUCAGACAAACUUUGGUUGCUUUGGAAUGGAAGUAUUGCUGUAUUUUCUUGUAAUCCUAUGACUGAUUGAUUUUCCUUGUAAUCUAAUUAUUAACCACAAUCUGGAGUCAAUGAUUUGACAAAUUGUGCCUUAUUUGCCUCAUUUUUUGCAGCUUGUAGAUUGUCGUCAUUGGUAGCCUGCUCCCUCUCUCUUGGGAGGCUCCUUUAGGUUAGAGUGCUGACUGCAGCCCAUGAGAAUAAAUGCUCCGCUAAUGGCUACUGACAUAAGGCACUGAAACUUCUACCUCGUGCUUUUAUUGUCCUAGGGCUGUUGGAUGAGCGUACAGACCAACCUCAGCACAAAAGUAAACCACUCUCACUCUCCUGGCUCCAUGGCAGCUGCAGUGCGAGGCAGUGAGUGGUCAUGUGGACGCUGCACCUUCCUAAAUGUGGGUGGAGCACCUCGCUGUUCCAUCUGUGAGGCUCCUCGCCAAAAACCUGACCUCAACCAGAUCCUUCGCCUGAGCAGCAGCGAGGAGCACCGCUGGGCUUGUCCCCGCUGUACCCUCAACAAUCCUCAGGGAUCGAGAGCCUGCUCCGUCUGCGGGUUCGGACCGUCCUCCACCACCCCUGCACCUGCCAUCACGACCGUCGCUGCCACUUCAAACGGUCUCCCUCCUGCUCCUACGGAACCCCCAACGCUGACCGUCAAGCCCACGGUGCUUUCAGAACCUCAAGGACAGGUUUCGUUGAAAGAGGACAUGUUGAGACGCUCGGAGAGCAAUGGAGAGGUGGGCAGUUCAGAUUUGCAGCAUCUGGGUUGGGCUUGCCCUCGCUGCACACUUCUCAACACACCUGUUGCACUGUCGUGCUCAGCCUGUGGUGGACCCAGAAAACUAUCUCUACCCAAAAUCCCCCCUGAGGCGCUGGUGGUGCCUGAGGUUCGCACGCCUGUACUGGGGUUCCCCGUGGGCUCAGCAGGGACCGCUCCACUAGUCAUUGACUUAACAGAUGAUUCUCCUCCAGCUCCUCCCUGCGACCCCCAAGAACCGGCCCAUGUGUCCUCACAACCCCUCUCUUCUGCUUUUAGUGCUUUUUCCUCCCUCCAGAACAACCCCGUGCCACGAAGUCGGAGAGAAGUGCCUCCUACAGGGAGGCCACCAAACCCAGGUAACAACACGCCGAGUCCCACCUCUCCUUCAAGCGCAGGUGUCCCCCUACAGCCUGGCCCACAGCGUCCUUCCAAACCCAAACAUGCCCAACCACAGGAGCCCUCAUACCCCAGUAAGCGCCUCAGUAUCUUAGAAGAGGACCCUGAAAAUCAUCCACCAACAGCCCCCACCUGGAAAUGCCCAGGCUGCUCUUUGGCUAAUCCAGGUGGCUUGUCUAAGUGUGAGACCUGCCGAUCAUCACGGGCUGGUGCUGACCUUAUCGAUUUGGGUUGCGAGACUGUACGCUUCACCCCGGCGAGCCCCUCUAGCCCAGACUUCAGCACCUGGGCUUGCUCUAAGUGCACCCUGCGCAAUCCCACAGGUGCUCCAAAGUGCUCAGCCUGUGGUUCUUCCAAACUGCAUGGCUUCCAGGAGCAGCAGGUGCCCCUACCACGCUGUUGUUCACACUGUGGCCAGGUCCCAUCAGGGUCUGGCACAGCAUGCUCCUGUAAUCCCACCUCUUCUUCAUCCUCCACGGGUCAUAAAACACGGAAACAGGGCAGAGGUUUCCCCUCCUCAUCUGCGGCUUCUUCUAGUUCUUCCUUGGAGAGGGCAGGACAGUGGAGUUGCCCAGCGUGCACACUGCUAAAUGACGUCAAGGCCAAGAACUGCGCAGCAUGCCACACACCCCAGCAGUACCUUACCCUUAAGAAGGUGGUCAAGCCUUUAAAGAGGAGGGAAAGCAUGCACGUCGAGGCUCGUCGGCGAAAUGACGAAGGUGAAGCCAAGGAGCUGUGGGAGAACAUUGUCAGCUUCUGCAGAGAGAACACGGUGAACUUCGUGGAUGACAGCUUCCCCCCAGGACCUCGGUCCGUAGGCUUCCCCGAGGGAGACAGUGUCCAGCAGCGAAUCAAGAAGUGGCUCCGCCCCCACGAGAUCAAAUGCAGCAACUUCAAAGACCGAGGCGUCAAAUGGUCCGUUUUCCGCACGCCACGACCCUCUGACAUCCUCCAAGGGCUGCUGGGAAACUGCUGGUUCCUCAGUGCCCUGGCGGUGCUGGCCGAGCGUCCCGAGCUGGUGGAAAGGGUAAUGAUCACCAGGACCAUCUGCACGGAGGGAGCCUACCAAGUUCGCUUAUGCAAAGACGGGACGUGGACGACGGUGCUGGUGGAUGACAUGCUGCCCUGUGACGACUAUGGCUUCCUCCUAUUCUCCCAGGCCCAGAGGAAGCAGCUGUGGGUGGCGCUCAUUGAGAAAGCCCUGGCAAAGCUCCACGGAUCCUACUUUGCCUUACAGGCAGGGCGUGCCAUCGAGGGCUUGGCCACACUGACGGGGGCUCCAUGCGACUCCCUGAUGCUCCAGGUCAGCUCCACCAAUCCACGGGAGGAGCCCAUCGACACGGACCUGAUCUGGGCCAAGAUGCUAAGCUCCAAGGAAGCAGGGUUUCUGAUGGGUGCCUCGUGUGGAGGAGGCAACAUGAAGGUGGAUGAUGCCGUCUAUGAGUCCCUGGGUUUGCGGCCUCGCCAUGCCUACUCCAUCUUGGAUGUACGAGACGUUCAAGGAUACAGGUUGCUGCGUCUCCGUAACCCAUGGGGUCGAUUCUCGUGGAAUGGCAGCUGGUCAGACGAAUGGACGGACUGGCCACAGCACCUACGACAUGAGCUAAUGGCUCAUGGGAGCAGCGAGGGGGUCUUCUGGAUGGAGUACUCAGACUUCAUCAAGUACUUUGACUCUGUGGAUAUCUGUAAGAUCCAUUCAGACUGGCAGGAGGUGCGGCUCCAGGGAAGCUUCCCGAGCAAGGCCAGCGGUCCCGUCACUGUCACGGCCCUCACCGUGCUGGAGAGGACGGCGCUGGAGUUUGCUCUCUUCCAGGAGGGAAGCAGGCGCUCUGACACCGCCGACAGUCACCUGCUGGAUCUGUGCAUCAUGGUGUUCCGGGCCUCUUUUGGGAGCAGCAACAAGCUGACCCUUGGCCGCCUGUUGGCGCACAGCAAAAGAGCGGUGAAGAAGUUUGUUGGCUGCGAUGUGAUGCUGGAGCCCGGGGAGUACGCCGUGGUGUGCUGCGCCUUUAACCACUGGCAGAUGAACGUCAGUGGGUCGGGAGGUCCACCCACACCGAUCUCCAGUCCAACCAGUGGAGCCCAGCGGCGACCCAGUCAAGACUUCCCAGGCUACAUCCUGGCUAUUUACAGCUCCAGGCAGGUGAUGGUGGAGCAGGUGGAGGCGACCGCCACCACGCUGGCAGACGCCAUCAUACUACUGACGGAAAACAAAGGCGAAAGACACGAGGGCCGCGAGGGCAUGACGUGCUACUAUUUGACGCACGGAUGGGCAGGACUCAUUGUAGUUGUGGAAAACCGCCACCCCAAGUACUACCUCCAUGUCUCCUGUGACUGCACGGACAGCUUCAAUGUGGUGUCGACGCGUGGCAGCCUCAAGACCAUCGACAGUGUCCCACCUUUACACCGGCAAGUGCUGGUGGUGCUCUCCCAGCUGGAAGGAAACGCAGGCUUCUCCAUCACGCACCGGCUGGCUCAUCGCAAGGCAGCGCAAGCGUCUCUGGGCGACUGGACGCCCACCAAAGCUACCCACAGCCCCCAGCUCACCCCGGACAUUGACGGGCUGCACCGACCCAGGCCGCUAUGACCACCGUCCAACAAUAUGGCCGACUGUCAAAGCACUGGAAGACUGGGCAAGUGGGAUUUGGAGAAAGACACGCAUCUGAAUGUAUUCAUCAACACUGAAGCUUUCACCCAAGUUGGGAUGAAAGGGGGACUCGCUCAGCUUCAAGCCCCGCUUUUAAAGGAAAACUGCACUUUUUUUGGAAUUUUGCCCAUCAUCCACAAUCCUUAUGUGAGAAAUGAACACGUCUUUCUCUUUUCUGUGCAUUUUAAAGAUAUAACAACAGAAGAAAGUGACAGCUCAGUAGUGCACGUAAUGGGAUACACCGAUGCUGCCUAUAAGGACCGCUGUUAAAACACCUCCAACAACGUUUCAUGGUUUUAUAUACAGUACAUGCUGUGACCAUGUAGUAACUGGUACAUUCAUGAUAACAUGUAAUACUUAACAGUAUUUUGCAUAUUUCGGCCAUUCUAAGCAUUACCUUCCUUGCUCGGCCCAUUGAUUUCACAUAGCAACGUCAUAGAAACGUACGCCAACGCCUAGCGUUAACUUUUCCAAACUCAGAAAUACAAACACAGCAGCAGUGGCGACAUCUCUUUUGGUAGUGGUCUGAGGCAUUGUGAGUGUGACGCUGACGUGCUACGGGCAAGUCUGUGGUGAAACUAGUCACUGGCCGGCUAGUAGCUAGCCGUGUUUUCUGGCUAAGUGUCAAUACGGCAGUAAUGUAGUUUGAUUGGUGUAACAAUGUUAAUAAUAAUAGUAACAAUGUCACUGUAGCUUGGUUAAUAUGCACCUCACAUUACUUUGCGCUUUUUGGGGACUUUUUCAGACAACUUUAUAGGAGGAAUAAGUAUGUCCCAUACGUGCAGUAUUGAGCUGGCUCACACAGAAAAGAGAGACAUACAGUACGUGUUCAUGUCUCCCAUAAGGAUUGUGGAUGAUGGGCAAAAUAAAAAAAAAAGUGCAUUUUUCCUUUAAAGUGUCAAAAUGUGUGGACAGCUUCGGUACAAGCGCUGUAUAUGUGGAUUCCCAAAAAGUCAGGGUGGAGUGCUGUAACUACUGAGCCAUUUUCCAAGACUUUCUCCUCAAUCCUCCGCCCACUUGGAAUACCGUAGAGAGCAACCCGACCCAACAGUAUGGUACCAAUCGAGCCAAGCCACUCACAUGUUUUUUAAAUAUUUGACAAUGCAGGUACAGUAUCAGUCUUAAAUGUUUCAUCCUUAUGUUUUUUAUUGUUGUGCAUGUGUGAAGUUCUUAGAACAGGGGUCGGCAACCUUUAACAUCAAAUGAGCCAUUUUGCCUCCUCUUCCCGUAAAGAAAAAUGGUCUGGAGCCGCAAAACACGACACAGCUUAGAAACUUUUUAAAGUGUUGAUCGUUUUUAAAUUUUACCUGUUAAAACAGCGUAAUUAACUAACAGAAGUGCAGAGUGCAUGUGUAGGCCUACUUUCAAAUGAUUUGAACACUGAACUAGGUAGGCUUUUUUGAGUCGUUCCCGUGUUUGUGUAACAUGAAAAGAAAACGUUGCCAACUUUAGCAUAAGAAAGCCUAUCAGAGUUCACAUAUCUACAUAUCCGUGUGUCUGCUCAGUAUCGUUUGCACCACUCGACUCCUCACAGACAAUUCAGUAUGCUUGCACUGAAUGAAUGUCAUCAAUUUUCCUACUGGGGAUGUUUGUUGCCAUUCUAUUGGUCCUGUUCUUCAAUGUCUUUGCAGGGAGGAGCAUUUCUUUCAUUUCCUGAAUAAUUAACAAUAAUAAGAAUUUCAGAAUUAAUUAAUUAAUUUCUUCCAAUAUAUUUCUUUUUAGGGACGUAUUUGUGGUUAUGGAUAGCUUACCGCGGGGUUAGCACACUGUCAAGGCGUCUUUUUUGUGCCUCACUUCCCUUGCUUAUGCAAUCAGCAGUCAGAACACAGUGUAGAUGCAUUCGUGGACUAGCGGUGAGUGGGGUAUUUCAAACUCUUUUUGAAAACGCACAUUUCCUCUGUUUUGGUGUUUAAAAAAAAAAACAGAUCUCAGCAUGGGAGCCACAAUAAGGAGGCCACAUGCGGCUUCAGGGCCAGGGGUUGCCGACCACUGUCUUAAAAGAAGCCAUCAUUCUUACUUACAUGUUCAUGCUCUCUCUUAUCUCAGGACCAAAACGUGUCAUUUAAAGGUUGUUCCUACAAUAGAAAACCUAUAAAAACCUACUAACAUGUUUAAUGUAUCGCCAUCUCAUCGACCUAUCCUGUACACCACAACAACAAACACAACUCAAACAGCCUAUAAAAUCGCUUACAGCAUUUUAGGACCGAAUAAACACUCACCCACAACUCAUUUUUGGACACGACUCUCAGUUUGGAAAACCUGAUGUGGAAUCGCUCCAUAGCCACCGUAGUAGUACUAUAUUGGGUUUAUCCUGUUAACACCCUCUAGUUCUUUUUUUACCCUUUUUUUAGGCACUAUAUGGACAAAGGUAUUGGGGACAUUAUUGGUAAAUUACACCUCCGAGAAGUGAAAAUGUCAAAAUCUGGAUAGUUUCCACCUCUGGGAAGAAUUUGAAAAAUAUUUUUUUCUAUUCAUCCCCGUACAAAUGCAAAGAGACAAGGAUUUAUUUUUUAACGUUUUCCUUCAUUUUAGUCAUUUCCCUUAAAUCGCCUUCAUUUUGGACAUUUGGAGGCAAUUUUGACAUUGCCCUUUUCCCAAUUGGUACAUUUGGACCAAAUUUUGCAAUUUACAGUACGUUCGUAGGUAAGUGUUUUAAGAAAAAUGCCUUUUUUCCAUCAUUGGGGUCAUAUGUAUCAAAUUUUGACAGUUCUUUUCAUUUGUGUAAUUUUACUCAAUUUUUUUACAUUUCAAGCCAAUUUUAACAUUCCUUCAUUUGAGAAAUUUGGAGCUAAUUUUUCAGGACAUUUAGCUCAUAUUUUGAGAUUUCCCUUUUGUUCCAAGUUCUUUCAAAGCAAACAACACCUUAAUUGACCUUGCUUUCACAUUGCAACCAAAAAAGGGCCUUCCCAAGCUGUCACCACAAAGCUGGAAGCAUAAAAUUGUCCAAAAUGUAUUGAUAAAAUAUAGAAUUAGGUAGUCAAGCACAAUUCCUGGUUGGUUACUAAACUGAUGAAGAGGUUAUCCCAGCACUUUUGUCCAUCCUUUAUUUCUCUCGUCCCCUAAAUUGGUGCAGUCUAAACGCUGGAGGCUAGUCAACAUUUCAUAGUUUACUUCCCAACACAUAAAUUCCCAGAGCUGGUGCCCAACUCCCCCUCGUGUCUCUCUAAAUGGAGUGAAUGAAUGCUGGAUUGGAAGGUCACCUGGAUAUUUAAUAUUAUACUCACAUUUGAAACACAUUGGAGUGUUGCCAAGGGAGUCCCACAGCAGCUGUUAGGACAGGGGGAGCUCUUUACUUUUACAGCUUUUCUUUAUGAAAGAGUGAGAAUCCAGGCCCUUGCAUUUUGUCACAGCGAGACAAGGAUGUGGAACAAGAUGCCUGACAGCUAUUUUACACUUUUUCUUGUUUAAAUUCCUCCCGUGCAACCUUGCUGCUUGUGAUGAAUGCGGUACAGUCCAAUGGCGGCUACCGGAGGUUUAUUUUUGUCUUACUUGAAAGCUGAAAAGCUCUGGAGUGAUUUUGGCUCCAUUUAAAUCGAAAGCUUGAUUUGUUUUUGUCUUUUACACCGUUUUUUUUGUUUCAUUUUACCUUCAGGAGGAGUUGUAAGUGUAAAUACGUUUUCCAAAGAGACAUCCAUGUAUACGGUGACCACUCUUUUAAAUACCUGCACUGAGCAGCUGUGCAAUUUAAUUUAUUUUUGAUUGUUUUGCAGGAAGGUGAUCCCUUUUAUGUUUAUUUGAUGUCACCGAACGUUUGUUUUCUGUCAUCAUGGUCACUUUGGCUCUCACUGGUGUCCUCUCCUUUUGAAGCAGUGGUGGCGGUUUUUUGUUUCACUGGCGCCCCCUACUGCUGGCCAGAAUAGGCUACAGGCUAGAGACAAUACACACAGCUGGCCUUUUCUCUCGGAUGAAAUUGUACAGGUGCAAAGCUAAGCUCUGCUGUAAAAAAAAAAAAAAAGGUCAUACAAAACUUUUAAACAACAAAAACAUGAAAUAGUUAAAUCCAACAAAGUGCGGCCUAAUGCUGAUUAAAAAAACAAAAGCUUACGAAUGUGAUAUACAGUAUAUAUAUUUUAUUGGUCCUUUCUUUUGUCAGGGGGAAUGAGUAUAUGUGUACAAAUUUGUUUGUUUUAAUAUUUCAAUCUCAGGUUCCACUGGACCAAAUAAAAGGUUUUUUUUAAUUA